CUGGUUAGACCUGUUCCUACAUCUAUGGAGUUUCAUCUAGACAGUGCAGAAUACUGCCAAGCACAGCACAAAUAAAAAGGAAAAGAGUUGGAACUUGUUGCAAGCGCGUCCAGUUGAGAGACAGUUAGACAGGAGAUAGCAGCGAUAGCGCGCGGUACGAGAGAGCGAGCGAGUUUUAGCGUAGAAACAUUUUUCGAAUUUUCUUUAAAAAAAAAAAAAAAACUAAUUGGAGUUUCAAGCAAGUGUUUGCUGAGGCAGCAAGAAAUAAAGAGAGCAACUACAAAAAGCGCGCAUAUCAGAAGAAUUGGUAUACAUAAUUUCGUUUUAGCUAAAACAAGCAAGAGAAAGCAAAAAGCAACAAAAAGAGCUAAUUAAUUGACAGAAUUAUUGCGAACAUAACUUGUUCUACAAUUAAAGAGUAAUUAAACUACAACAACUAAACGCCAACAGCGAUUUCGAAACGGCAGAAAAUCAGGCAGGUUUUUUGCAAGAAACAACAACAAAAAAGAAAGAAAAGCUAUAAAGAAAAACUAUUUUGGAAAACUUUUUCUAAUUAUUUUUUGUGAUAAUUUUAAGCUAAAAAUAUAAUACCAACAACAACUCAUUAACACCAAAAACUAAAAAAAAAAACAAAUCUACUAAACUUUACUUAAUUUUAAAUUUUUGCGCUAAUUACAAAACAAUUUCCGUAUAUAAGCUUCAAUUUGCACAUUAAAUACUUAAAUUAUAUUUAUACAAAAUAUUUACAAGAAAAACAAAAACAACAACAAAAUUAAUUGGCAUAAACUGCUGCAAGUGUUGCACACACAUUCCGAUUUAUUGAGAGUAAACAAAAGCAAAAGAAAGCAAAAAGAAAAGAGAAAACAAACUUUUAGUCCAGUUUGUGACAGAAGUUUCCAUUAUAUUUAUACUUUGGAGCGAUCACUGUCAAAUUUGUAACAAAAACAGUGGACGCGCAGCUUCCAAAGCGAAAUAUUUACAAAGCCGCUAACCUAACCUACAAAGUCAAGGAGAAAACAUAGGCAAAACAACAAAACACCUCAGCGCUUGAAAGUAAAAGACAGCCGAAGAGCAUAAAGCUAAAGUGCGGAGCGUGAGCGCUAAAAUAACAACGUACUUCUAUAAAAAUUAAUAUAUUUAAUACCAAAAGAAGAAGAACACAAAACUCUUAACUGCCUGUCUACAAGUACACAAUUAUACAAGCCUAUUGUAUAUUGCAUACGAACGCAUAAAUAAUUUCUUAUUUGUGUUAAAGUCGUAAAUUAAUGAGCAACAUGCGUCAAAAGGAUUUGCGCCCAGCACCAGCUCUUAUUGAGUUUAAGGGCAUGAAGUUCCUAAUCACCGAUCGGCCAUCAGAUGUCACCAUCCAUCAUUAUAUAACGGAGCUCAAAAAGAACAACGUCAGCACUGUUGUGCGCGUAUGCGAGCCCAGCUAUAAUACGGAUGAGCUCGAAGCUCAAGGCAUUACAGUUAAGGAUUUAGCAUUCGAAGAUGGCACUUUUCCGCCACCUCAAGUUGUUGAUGAAUGGUUCGAGAUUUUGAAGCAAAAGUAUCAACAAAAUCCGGAAGCUUGCGUUGCUGUACAUUGCGUUGCCGGUUUGGGACGUGCACCGGUUUUGGUCGCAUUAGCGCUGAUUGAAUUGGGACUCAAGUAUGAGGCAGCUGUGGAGAUGAUAAGAGAUAAACGACGAGGCGCCAUCAAUGCCAAACAAUUGUCAUUCUUGGAACGGUAUAAGCCCAAGGCAAGGCUAAAGCACAAAAAUGGGCACAAGAAUUCAUGUUGCGUGCAAUAGAUUUUCCAAAACCAUAUAAAUUCCCACCAGAUGAAAAGUGUUCAUUUUUAAAGAAGAAAAACAAAAACAAAACAAAAAACAAACAGAGGUUUUAAAAACCAAUAAAUGUGAAAUAUACUACAUUAAUUAAAACAGCAAACAGCAGCAGUAGCAUCAGCAACAACAACAACAACAACAACAAUAGUAACAACGCAAUACAACAACAACAACAACAAAAACAGCAAUAAAAAAUGAGAAAAUGCCCCCAAGUGCAUGAACACUGAAAGGCAAACGCAGUCAUCGUAGCAACAGCAACAACAACAAUAACAACGAGGCAAACAACCAAUGCAUUGGAACACACUCGUCACCUUUUUUUGCAGACAGCGCAAACACAAUCAAUCAAUUAUAUAAUACAAAUAUAAAUAUGUGAAAAACUGGCAACACACCAUUAGACAGCAGUAAGCAGCAACUGUAACAACAACAAAAAACACCAACUACGAUCAGCUUAAAAUAUUGCAGCAUACAACUAGGCGCUUAAACAACGCCGCUUCUACACUUUCUGCUGCGCGCUUAACCUACGCUAGCAACUGUAAAAUAUGUAAACCUGCCGCUUGGCGCUUUUCUCUACUUUCUCCUAAUAUUUACGGCGCGUGGCAGUGUGUGACGUGUUUGAGAAUGUAUGUGUGUGUGUGUGUGUGUGUUAGCAUAUUGUUAAUUGUACUUCCAAAAAACGCAUACACGCACACCGCGGCACAGGCGCUUGCUGUCACGCGCAUGUAAACUACAACAACAAUAGCAAUAGCAACACAACACUUAAACUCUGACAAUGAACGCCAACACUUUUUUGACUUUAAAGUUCACUUUUUAUUUGAUGAUAAUUAUAUAAUGAUGUUCUAACAAGAAUGAAGCAGCAAGAUAUUUGAAUUUUAUUUUUAUUUUUUGUUUUUAAUUAAAGUUAAGGCAUAUAAAAUAAAAAGGAAAAAAAGCUUAAAAAUUAAAAAAUUAAAAAAAUGAUGAAAAAUUAAAAAUGUUUUUUGUAAGUGCAACAGCAACAACAACACAGAGCUAGUAAACUGAGAAUGUAAAGACGCAAAACGAAAACAAUUUAAUUAUUAGUUUUAAUGUUAAAUAAAGCAAGAGCAGAAGAAGAAAAAAGUAAAUAAUAUUUAUAUACAUACUAACAAAAUACAAUGCGUAGUUUUGUUUUUGUUUUCGUUUCCUUUGUUCCUUUUUUCGUUUUUGGUUUCUUUACAUAAUUUCAAAUUAAUUUUCUUCACUAAACUCUCUUGAAAUUUUUGUUUUUGUAAACAAUUAGUGUGUACGUACUCUUGUAUUUGUACUUAUAAAACAAUUGUAAGCAUUAUGCAUAUGUGCAACAAUAAAAAAUACAAAUAAAACACAUUAUAAUAUUAAUAAAUAAAAUGAAAACAAAAAAGAAAACAAAUUUGUAAUGAAAUGUAAGGAAAAUCGAUUAUGUAUGAUAUGCGCAACAAUAAACAAGUAGAAAUCGCUAAAAUUGUUAAGUAAACAUAAAGAAUCAAACAAAAAAAA